AUGAGAGAAAAGAAAUGUAAAUUAACAUUAGAAGAUGAAGAAGAGUAUAUAACUAAAGUAAUGAAUAAUAAAGAUAGUGAUAUAUUUUCUAUUUAUAAUUCUAAUAGUUUUAAUGAUAAUGACUUAGAUUUAAAUUCAACAAUAGAAAGUGAAUCUUUAAUAGAAGUAAAUAGUAAGAAUAAUUCAUCAGUAGAAAUUGAUAAUGAAAUAGAAGCAAGUAUAUUUGAUAAUGAAAUAGGAGAUUUAAUAUUAAAAUCUAAAAAUUUAAAAAAGGAAUUUAAUAGUUUAAAAGAAAUGGACAGCAAAGAAGAAAUACUUUCAUUAUCAGAUAGUAACGAUUAUAUAAAUAAAGUAAAUAAUAAAGAGAAUGAAUCAAUAAUAGAUAGAUAUUUAAAUGAAACAAACAAUAUAAUAAAUAAUGAAGAAGAUAUAUUCAAUAAUAUUAAUAGAAGUUUAAGUUAUUUAAAAGAAAUAGAACCACCAAGAGAUGUAGAAACUUGGUAUUUGAGAAACGUAUUUUCAUUAAAUAAUUUUAGAGGACAUCAAAAGGAAAUUAUAAAAAAGAGUUUAGAAGGAAAUGAUAUAUUUGUAUUAAUGCCUACAGGAGGUGGUAAAUCAUUAUGUUUUCAAUUACCUGCUUUAAUUAUGGAUGGAUUAACAGUUGUGGUUAGUCCUUUACUUUCUUUAAUUCAAGAUCAAAUUAGUUCUUUAUUAAAUAAGAAUAUUCCAGCAGUUGCUAUUAAUAGUCAUUGUACACCAGCAGAAAAGAACAUCAUAAUGCAUACACUAGUAAAUACAGAUAUUAUAAAGAUUAUAUAUGUAACACCAGAGUUAUUAGGUACUAGCAGAAGAUUUAAGAACAUUUUAAAAAAUUUGUAUGAAAAUAGAAUGUUAAAUAGAUUUGUAAUUGAUGAGGCACAUUGUGUCAGUCAGUGGGGACAUGAUUUUAGACCAGACUAUUGUGAGUUGGGAAUUUUAAAGAAAGAUUAUCCCAAUACACCUGUAAUAGCACUAACAGCAACAGCCACAAGUAAAGUAGAGUUAGACAUAAUUGAAGUACUUAAAAUGAGAAACCCAAUCAUAUUUAGACAAUCAUUUAAUAGACCAAAUCUUAAAUAUUAUGUUUUACCUAAAAAUAGGGAAACUAAAAAUUCAAUAGUAACAUUUAUAAAUACUUAUUACCCAUCGAGUUCAGGAAUAAUUUAUUGUACUUCUAAGAAGGAUUGUGAGGAAAUGUGUGAGAAGUUAAGUGAACAUAUGAAGGUUUCUUAUUAUCAUGCAGGUUUAUCUAAAAGGGAAAGAGUGUCAGUUCAAGAUAAUUUUAAUAAUAAUGUAAUACAGGUUGUAGUAGCAACAAUAGCAUUUGGAAUGGGAAUAGAUAAACCAGAUGUGAGAUUUGUAAUUCAUUAUUCAAUACCAAAGUCACUUGAAGGAUAUUAUCAAGAAACAGGAAGGGCUGGUAGAGACAGUUUAGAAAGUGUUUGUAUUCUUUAUUACUCGUAUGGAGAUACAAAGAUAGUUAAUUUUCUAAUUGAUAAGAAUUAUCAGGCAACAGCACAAGUAAGACAAAAACAACGGGAUGAAUUAAAAAAAGUAAUUCAAUAUUGUGAAAAUAAAUCUGAAUUUAGACGAACACAAGUAUUAAGACAUUUUAAUGAAAAUUUCGAUCCUAAAGAAUGUAAAAAAACAUGUGAUAAUUGUGAGAAAACUGCUUUAACUAUUAAAAAAGAUUACACAUCUGAAGCUAAAUUAAUAACUCAAAUGGUGAGAGAUGCAAAUAUGAGAAACCUUAAAAUAAGCGUAAAUCAGGCAGUGGAUGCCUUCAGAGGGUCAAAAAAUAAAAAAUCACAAGAAUUUCUCACUUGUAAAGGAUUUGGUUGCGGAAAAAAUUUAACAAAAUCUCAAACAAUGAGAAUUUUCACUUAUUUAAUUUCUUUAGGAAUUUUAGAUGAAAAAUCUGAAAAAGCAACAGGAUCAAGAUUUAGUCAUAGUUAUUUAAGAGCAAAGAAUAGAUAUAUUUCUAAAGUUGAGUUUGUGGAGGACAAUACAAUCAUCCCAGGAUUUAACAUUAAUAGUACGAUUGUAAAAAAUCUUAAUAAUCAAAGUGUGAGUGAUUACUCAGAUUUUUAA